AUGGAAAACGAUUCGGUAGUUUUCAGAAAACCCUACGUAAUUCCACAUGCUGGAUAUUUGACACGAAGACGGCCAGCAGCACUGCCAAACCCGAAUUCCAAACCAAAAAUUCCGAAAGUUUCGUCUCUGAAGCCAGUAGAAUUACCAAUUGAAACUGUUAUUCCUGUUAAGAAGACAUCAGAUUUAGUCGAAGUUUUAAAACUGAAAAAUCUGGAGGAAAGUGAUUAUGAUCGUGUUCGUCCAACUCUUGUAACACUUUCAGCCAAACAACUCAAAUCAUUUAUGGAUCGAAAUCCUGGAAUUGAAAAGAUUGGCGAUGGAUUAUUCAGAAGACAUUGUCAAAUCGAUUGUCCCGAGAAUAUUCCAAAAAAGUUGUUGACAGAGACUUGGAGAACACUUCAUGAUGUACACAUCAAUUUUAGGGAAUCUGAAAGUUCGAAUGGUUUAAUAAUUCUAUCUGUAUCUGGAAUGUCUCAUAAUCAAGCCAUGCGUCAUUUGAAACAAUCUCUGAAAUUCGCCGCUGAAAAUGAUUUUAUUUCAUUUUCAAUGUUCAAUCAGGAAACAAAUAAUAACUGGGGAAACUUGAUGAAAUCAUUUGGAAAUCAAGAGAAAAUAUGGGAAUCUGUGAGGAAAAUCAACGGAAGCCCAACUUUCUUGCACACAGAUUCCCCGAAAUUCUCAAAAAUGUUUGGGAAUCAGUUUGAUUUUCAUUCGAAUCUUUAUCAUAAUUUCAAUCGACAACAUUUCGGACACGUGAACAACUGUAUCACUGAUGGAAGUGUGACUGUUGAGGAUGCUAUAGAUUUAUGGAUCAAUUCCACUAGAGUUUUCAAACAUUAUUCUUCGUAUUUCUCACUAUUACAUCUCACAGAAAUUGCUGUUCCGGAAGAUGGAAAAGUAGUGAAUUUGGAUGAAAAAUUAAGAAUUUCUCUGGAACAACUCCUGAAAGAGGGGAUUCUGGACAACACAACAGUUGUGGUAAUCAGUGAUGGUGGAUCCGGAAACAGUAGUGUUUUCGAAGCAGAAAGUGGAAAAAUUGAAGAGAAAUAUGGAUUUUUCAUGAUUCGAUUGGCUGAUAGUUUUAGAAAAAAGUUUCCACAGAAUUUGGAGGUUUUGAAGAAUAACGUUGACAGAGAAGAAAUUCUAAAAGAGCUCCUGAAUGUGGUGAAAAAAGAAGUCUCAAUGCACAAAUGCCUAUCAAAAGUAAAAAUUAAUGAUUACGGUUUGGAUUUUAGAACAUUUGGAUCUAUCAAUUUCUUUAAAUUUGAUGGUUUUUUGGUAUUGGAGCAAGUGAAAAUUUCUGAAGAAUAUGGAUUUUCUGAUCCCAUUCAAUUGAAUUUUCAUGGAAAAGCAAGAUUUUCUAUAUCAGAUGAAGUUCAUUUGGAAUUGAGAUCACCACUUGAACUCGAAGAAAUCAAUCAAACUAUAAUUCAAAACAAGUAA